AUGCCUAAAUCUUCUGAACAAAAAGAUGGAUCUGAAACAGAAACACCAAAUUUUUGUUGCAUCGAUUCAUUCACUCAUUUAGCUUCAACCAAAUCUAAGAACAACAAUUUUCCGAUGAAACGCACCGUUCGUCCUUUCUUCAUUCUUCUCAUUCUUCUCGUUUUCAUUGCUACGUUAACCUCACGCGCUAUUCUUCGUAAAGGUAUACUCUCAAUCGAGCUCGAAGCGCGUGUUUUCACUCGCGAUCCACCGUCGUUAAACUCCACUUUGCUCAAACACGCCGCCGUUGAGAUCGGUGAGGAAAAAUCCCGGCAAGAGAUUCAGCAGCUUCUUGAUGGUAACUUUGCUAGUCAAGCACGGCAUAGGACAUUCGUUUCGUGGCGGAGAUUCAUCCAUCAUGACGGCGGUGGUGAUAGGAAUGUUCCGGCAACACUCCGGUCGCCGCUUUUCUAUCGGUAUUGGCUUGAUUUUCGGCGAGUUUUGCAUGAUUGGGCGAGGAAGCGUCGGUUUCAAUCGGGGAUAAUGUUGGAAUUAACUCGAUCGGUGAAGGUUCCGCUCGAUCGAUAUAACAAAGUUAAUGCUAAUGCUGUUGAUUCUGGUGAAAAAAAGUACUCUUCUUGUGCUGUUGUUGGUAACAGUGGAAUUUUGCUUAAUAGAAACUAUGGUUCAUUAAUUGAUGCACAUGAAUUUGUUAUAAGGUUAAACAAUGCUAGGGUUGAUAACUAUGAAUCAAAAGUUGGAAAAAAAACAAGUAUUUCAUUUGUGAAUAGCAACAUUUUGCAUUUAUGUGCAAGAAGAUCAGGGUGUUUUUGUCACCCUUAUGGUCCUAAUGUUCCUAUUGUUAUGUACAUUUGUCAAGCUGUGCAUUUCUUGGAUUAUACUGUUUGUAAUGCUUCACAUAAGUCUCCUUUGUUGGUGACAGAUCCUAGGUUUGAUGUGUUGUGUUCUAGGAUUGUGAAGUAUUACUCAUUGAAGAGAUUUGUGGAGGAAACAGGGAAGGGUUUAGAACAAUGGGGUUCAGCUCAUGAUGGUGCUUUGUUUCAUUAUUCUUCUGGUAUGCAAGCUGUUAUGUUGGCUUUAGGGGUAUGUGAUAAAGUUAGUAUUUUUGGGUUUGGUAAAUCAUCUUCUGCUAAACAUCAUUAUCAUACUAACCAGAAAGCUGAACUUCAUUUGCAUGAUUAUGAAGCUGAAUAUGCUUUUUAUAGUGAUCUUGUCGAUGGACGUAAGCCUAUACCGUUUAUAUCAGAGAAGUUUAAGAUUCCUCCUGUUGUAAUGUAUAGAUGACAGUGAACUGUUGUUGCUGAUAUGAGUGUUGGAGGGGUAAAUUUUGUUCAUGUUUCUGUGCUCUCUUGUUGUAAUACUUGUGGAGUGAAUAGAUAGUGGAAGGGAUUACUAAGUUUGGUUUGAGAUUCAUUUUUUGUUUUUCUCAAGUUUGUUGUACUGUCCCAAAUGUAGCCUAAGGCAACAUCCAAGUGUAAAUUUUGGUUAGAUCAAUACAAAAUUAUGAAUCAUGCACAUCUAUUAUGUGUGUUAUAUC